CGGUGGGGCCGGCUGUGCCCUGGGCCCCGCUUCCCUGCAGCGGGCCCGGUGCCCUGCGAGCAGCCGGUCCCGCUUCCUUGUGGGGGAGGCCCGGCCGGUGUGCUGAGCCCUCACUAUGAACGCCAUCGUCGCCCUGUGYCACUUCUGCGAGCUGCACGGCCCCCGCACGCUCUUCUGCACCGAGGUCCUGCAUUCGCCGCUGCCGCAGGGCGCCAGCAGCGGGGACCUCGCGGGGCAGAGUGAGCAGGCGGAGGAGGAGGAAGGYGGCAUUCAGAUGAGCAGCAGGAUCCGCUCGCACAGCCCUGCCGAAGGUGCCAGCGCCGACUCCAGCAGCCCAGGGCCCAAGAAGUCCGACAUGUGCGAGGGUUGCCGCUCUCUUGCAGGAGGACAUCCCGGAUACGUCAGCCACGACAAGGAGACUUCAAUCAAGUACGUCAGUCACCAGCACCCCAAUCACCCGCAGCUGUUCAGUAUCGUGCGCCAGGCCUGCGUCCGCAGCCUCAGUUGUGAGGUCUGCCCAGGGCGGGAAGGCCCUAUUUUUUUCGGAGAUGAACAGCAUGGCUUUGUGUUCAGCCACACCUUCUUCAUCAAAGACAGCCUGGCUCGUGGCUUCCAGCGCUGGUACAGCAUCAUCACCAUCAUGAUGGACCGGAUCUAUCUCAUCAACUCCUGGCCUUUCUUGUUGGGAAAAAUCAGAGGCAUCAUUGAUGAACUUCAAGGCAAAGCACUCAAGGUGUUUGAAGCAGAGCAGUACGGGUGCCCUCAGCGUGCCCAGCGGAUGAACACGGCGUUCACUCCCUUCCUGCACCAGCGGAAUGGGAAUGCCGCUCGCUCCUUAACGUCUCUCACCAACGAUGAAAACCUGUGGGCAUGUUUGCAUACUUCCUUUGCUUGGCUUUUGAAAGCUUGUGGCAGCAGACUUACAGAGAAGCUCCUAGAGGGAGCACCAACAGAAGACACCCUYGUUCAGAUGGAAAAACUUGCAGACCUGAAAGAAGAAUCAGAAGGAUGGGAUGGUUCUGAGGAAGAAGAGAAGCCUUCUGCCCAGACAGAUGUUGUGGAAGGGCAGGAAGUGUCUAAAUGCCCACCUGAAACAUCUCUAAUGCCAGAUUGCAAUAGCUGGAAUGUGGCUCACAGGAGGUUGUCUGUCUUUCGUUCCCUCAGGCACAUGAGACAAGUUCUCGGGGCAUCAGCAUUCCGCAUGCUGGCUUGGCAUGUGCUGAUGGGGAACCAGGUCAUCUGGAAAGCUCGAGACAUGGAUCUUGUCCAGUCUGCUUUUGAGGUGCUACGGACUAUGCUGCCUGUCGGUUGCGUGCGGAUCAUCCCCUACAGUGACCAGUAYGAAGAGGCGUAUCGCUGUAACUUCCUAGGGCUUAGCCCCCACGUACAAAUCCCAYCCCACAUCCUAUCAUCCGAGUUUGCAGUCCUGGUGGAAGUUCGCGCUGCGACUCGGACAAACCUCUACCCAACUCUGUUUGAGGACGAGCAGUCCCUCAACAAGUAUGAGUUUGUUGUCACCAGCGGUAGCCCUGUUGCUGCAGAUCGAGUUGGCCCCACCAUCCUCAACAAAAUUGAAGCUGCUCUGACCAACCAGAACCUGUCCGUAGAUGUUGUGGAUCAGUGCCUUGUUUGCCUAAAGGAAGAGUGGAUGAACAAAGUGAAGGUCCUCUUCAAAUUCACUAAAGUGGACAGCAGACCCAAAGAGGACACCCAGAAACUGUUGAGCAUCCUGGGAGCUGCAGAGGAAGACAACGUCAAGCUUCUYAAGUUCUGGAUGACGGGCCUGAGCAAGACGUACAAGUCCCACCUGAUGUCAACCGUUCGCAGCCCAACUUCUUCGGAGUCUCGGAACUGAGGG